CCGCUCCCUGCCCGCGCGCCGCCGCCAUGCCGAUCAACAAGCCUGAGAAGCUGGACAAGCCAGAGAGCUGUGACAAUGUCAAGGUUGUUGUUCGAUGCCGGCCUCUUAAUGAACGAGAGAAAGCUACAGGCUACAAAAUGGCAGUCAAUGUAGAUGAAAUGAGAGGAACUAUAACUGUUCAUAAAACAGACUCAUCCAAUGAGCCUCCGAAGACAUUUACGUUUGACACAGUGUUUGGACCAGAGAGUAAACAGCUGGAUGUCUAUAACUUAACUGCAAGGCCUAUUAUUGACUCUGUCCUAGAAGGAUACAAUGGUACUAUUUUUGCAUAUGGGCAGACUGGAACAGGCAAAACUUUCACCAUGGAAGGGGUCCGAGCAGUUCCUGAGCUUAGAGGCAUCAUUCCCAAUUCCUUUGCCCAUAUAUUUGGUCACAUUGCCAAGGCAGAGGGGGAUACAAGGUUUUUAGUUCGUGUGUCUUACCUGGAAAUUUACAAUGAAGAAGUGCGGGACCUUCUAGGAAAAGACCAGACACAGAGAUUAGAGGUUAAAGAGAGACCUGAUGUGGGAGUUUAUAUCAAAGACCUUUCAGCUUAUGUCGUAAACAAUGCAGAUGAUAUGGACAGAAUCAUGACUCUGGGCCACAAGAACCGUUCUGUUGGUGCCACAAACAUGAAUGAGCACAGCUCUCGUUCGCACGCCAUCUUCACUAUCACUAUUGAGUGCAGUGAGAAGGGGGUCGAUGGAAACAUGCACGUGCGCAUGGGCAAACUGCAUCUUGUUGAUCUUGCUGGUUCUGAAAGACAGGCGAAAACUGGAGCCACAGGGCAGCGCCUGAAGGAAGCUACUAAGAUCAACCUCUCUCUGUCGACGCUGGGGAAUGUUAUCUCUGCACUGGUGGAUGGCAAGAGCACCCAUGUGCCCUACCGUAACUCCAAACUUACACGGCUCCUUCAGGAUUCUCUGGGGGGCAACUCCAAAACCAUGAUGUGUGCAAAUAUUGGACCGGCAGACUACAACUACGAUGAGACUAUCAGCACUCUCAGGUACGCAAACCGAGCCAAGAACAUAAAGAACAAGGCCAGGAUUAAUGAAGAUCCCAAGGAUGCUUUGCUCCGCCAGUUUCAAAAAGAAAUUGAAGAGCUCAAGAAAAAACUGGAAGAAGGGGAAGAGAUAUCUGGUUCCGAGACCAGUGAUUCUGAAGAAGAUGAUGAAGAUGACGAUGGGGAGAUUGGAGAGGAUGGGGAGAAGCGGAAGAAGCGGCGGGGCAGUAGCAGCAGCAGUAGUUCAGACUCCACAUGCUCUGUCAUAGAGAAACCUCUGGAUAAGUCCUUCACUAAUCAAGCAGGCAAAAAGAAAGUUUCCCCUGAUAAGAUGGUAGAGAUGCAAGCAAAGAUUGAAGAGGAGAGAAAAGCUCUUGAAACUAAGCUUGAUAUGGAGGAAGAAGAAAGAAAUAAAGCCAGAGCUGAACUGGAGAAGAGAGAAAAAGACUUGCUUAAAGCUCAACAAGAGCACCAGUCCCUGUUGGAGAAACUGUCUGCACUGGAGAAGAAGGUGAUUGUGGGAGGAGUGGACUUGCUAGCAAAAGCAGAGGAGCAAGAGAAGCUUCUAGAAGAAUCAAAUAUGGAACUGGAAGAAAGAAGGAAGAGAGCAGAACAGCUUCGCAAGGAGCUUGAGGAGAAGGAGCAAGAGCGCUUGGACAUCGAGGAGAAGUACACCAGCCUCCAGGAAGAAGCACAGGGGAAAACCAAAAAGCUGAAGAAAGUUUGGACCAUGCUUAUGGCUGCAAAAUCGGAGAUGGCAGAUCUGCAACAAGAGCAUCAGAGAGAGAUUGAAGGACUACUAGAGAAUAUUCGCCAGCUGAGCAGGGAACUUCGUCUUCAGAUGCUUAUCAUAGACAACUUCAUUCCUCAGGACUACCAGGAAAUGAUUGAAAACUAUGUUCACUGGAAUGAGGACAUUGGAGAAUGGCAGCUGAAAUGCGUUGCAUAUACAGGAAACAAUAUGAGGAAACAGACACCUGUCCUGGAUAAAAAAGAAAAAGAUCCCUUUGAAGUGGACCUUUCCCAUGUUUACUUAGCUUACACUGAAGAAAGCUUGAGGCAAUCUCUGAUGAAGCUGGAGAGGCCGAGGACUUCAAAAGGAAGAUCCAGGCCCAAGACGGGUAGAAGAAAACGUUCGGCAAAGCCAGGAGCUGUCAUUGACUCUCUGCUGCAGUAGGUGUGACCUGUUCAGAAUUGCCGUAAAAAAUCAGUGAGUGUUUAAGAUUUGGCCAGAAUAUGGAAUUCAAGAGAUGGCACAGUUUGACAUGGCUGUAAAAUCCAUGCCUUGCUGGUAUGGAUCUUUAUUUUAAAAAAAUGUAUUUUUCCUUAGUUGCCUGUAUAUUGUAUGUUAUAUUAACAUAAUAUUAAACUGGUAUAUAUGAUGGUUGUGAAAUUCUGUGUCAAACGUGUUGUGCAGGGAAGCUAUUGUUGGCAAUCCUUGUUGAAAUGUAUAGAAAAUAAGGGUUCUAGAUGUGUGUUUAAGUGCUAGACAUGUUAGCUCAAAACGGUUGAAAUUCUAAAAUUUAAGGCUGGUAAAUCUGAUUUAUGCCCUGCUUUGCACAUAACUGGCAGCUUUCACUAUCGUCCUCUGUUGCACUGAUCUGUGUUUGAAUGUGGUUGCUGCAAACUUUUGAAUUAAGAGCAUCAAACCCUUUUAUUUAAAUAUUUCUCACUGUGGCUACUAACCUGAUUGUAUUGCGUAUCAAAUACACGGUCCUUUUCCCUUCAUUUGCUGUCUUGCUGUACAAAGGAAGUAGUUGGGUGGGGGAAACAUGAACUACAAAAGUCAGACUUCUGGGGAGGGACCAUGCUCUGUUUAAGUGCAACAGAAAACAAGUGUCUAGUGCUUUUUUUGUCUAUUUGUGGGUGAUCUGCUGGCACUGUGGGGAGCGAGGCCUUUGCAAAGACAAAAGAGGGCUUUUUUUCUUCCUUUUACAGCUGUGUUGCAGCACUGCUUUGCCUGCUUUUCAUGCUUUUGAGAUGGCAUUCUUUAAAUGUACGUGAAUUGUUUUGUAAUCUGAACAGCAGAGAUUAUUUAAGGGGAAUGCUAUAAUACUAGGACUUGGCUUCAGCCUUGGGACUGUGAGCGUUACGGCUCCAUCUUCUCAUCCCUGGCUAGAAGGGCACCCUCUAAACUGAGGGUGAAUCUGGCUCUCCUAUAUUAAAACAGGCAUGAAUUGCCCAAUUUUCCCAGAACAGUAACAUCCCCUGAAAUAGCUGAUGCUGUUUGUGUUCCUGUGUAGAUUGUAUCGUCUUGGGUUUCUGGCUAUGCUCUGAUGAGAGGAAAAAAUUCUGGUCUCUGAUAACCAUUUAUUUGUGGUGGCUGCUCUUCUUCGUUGAUAUUAUGCUGCUAAUAGACACGUAUCACUUUAAUACAUUGCUUUUGUGUCACAGAGGAAAUGCAUCUUCUUUGGAUUGCGUGUGCUUUAUAACUCGUGCUGGAGCACAUCAGCUGCAGGCAUCUUAAGAGUUCCCGUGCCUGAGUGGUGGUAAUAGCUGUAACUUCCAUGUCAUCUUAGUGUUACUUAGAGGUUUAAAAAGCUGUGGUAACUAAUAGGAGAAAUCGAGUCCUUAAACAUGACAGAAAGAACAAGGCAGCUCCUUAGGUGUCCUGAGUUCUUGCUAGUAGCCACAUUUGCAAUUACCAGAACGUUCUUGUGAAGUACUUAGUGUAGUUAAAAGUUGAUACCCCUUUCUUACUGUCGUGGUGCCUAUUGGAUGUACCUUGUGACUCUGUAACAGGUCUGUAAACAGGAUCUGUAAUAGUUAAAACUGGUCUUGUAAGGGCAUAUGUUGCUCUGGAGAUAUAGUCAGUGCUAUUCUAAGUGAGUUGUAAGCUUUUCCCUGUUUUUUAAAUGUGUUUUUCAGGAUCAUGACCUAAGAGAAGAACAUACUGCCCUGUAUUUUUUGGGGGGGAAGGAAUGUCACCUGAGUUAAUACAAAAUCUGGCUUUGUCACCUAAGUUCAUAAGAUACACGUGCAAACACUGGCAUUUGUUUUCUCUAGCCUAGCAUUUAGAGAGGUAAAUACUCAAAUUUUUGCCUGAUUUAAGCUGUAGUUGGUUUUGCCCUUGAAGAGCUGACCUUACUCUGAAUGUGCUUGGAUGGAGUUGGCUUAUUUCGGGUUACAUGCUUGUCAUCAAACAAGACAGACCGAAAAUGGCUUAAAUGCUCUUUUGUGUUAGGCCUUAUGUCAGUUCUCAGUCCAAGCAGAUAGGUGCAUAAUUUUGGCCUGUACUGGUUCUCAGAACCAGGGAUAACUGUUGUAUUUCCCUUGCAUUUCCUUGUCUUGUUGUGCUAAGGUUUGGGUGAUCUGUUUUUAAGGCAGUUUCUCCUGAUCUGUGCUUUCAAAAAGACCAUUGAAAAUUCUUUUACCUGACAGACAUCAGUGGCUUAAAGAUACUACUGUGAACCAUGACACUGCAUUUAAAAUAUUUAAAACUUAAUUAUAAAGGCGUAUGCUUUACGAUUUAAUUAAUGUUACAGUCCUGCUGCUGAAAACAAUAGUACUCUACAUAUUUAAGUGAGCCUGGGGGCAGAGAAAAUGCUUAAUAAAUAAUUGCUUGUAUACCUUUAACUGGCAGAUUGGAGAAACUGGUGGUAAUCCCCUGUUACAGGGGCUCGGGGAACAAGUUACUGCUUUUACAAGAGGACUUUAGGUGGAACGCUAUCAUGGUUGUGAUGUUCUAUCAGCUUGGCUUCCCUUUUAACUGGCGUGUUUUGUUGAAGUUGUGGGAACUUUCUUGUGAAACCAGGGAGUCUGGCUUGCAGGUUUAUCGUAUGGGCCCCCUCUGUAGCCCUGGACAAUCUGUGAAUGUCUAAUGGGUCCA